ACAACACAAAAUAGUUGAUUAUUUGAUUGCAAGUAUAUUUUAGGGAAUAUAUAUAUAUACUUACGGGUAUGGCGAAUGUCAUGGGUAGCAUAACACCUAUCUCAGUUAAAGUUGAAAGUUUAACUGUAAGGCCUAUUGACAACAGAAAUGUUUUAAAACAGUUCAUCGACAAUGAAAUAAUACGAACAAAGUUAAGUGAACAAACUGAUAUUUUCACCGGCCCCAAUGAUAUAGUUUGGCUUGAUACCAGGGCGGGUAUUUACAGUUCUGAGAGUGAUUUUGCAAACAAUUUUACGGCGACUUGUUGUGGUAAUCUAGAACAAAAUGUUGCAACACCUUUCCACCAAGUACCAGAUUUUUUAUAUAUAAUAUAUUCUGUAUAUAUUUCGUUAAUUCUUGUACUCGGACUUAGUCAAAACUCUAUAACUUUAUACGUUUUUGUAAAGGAAAAGUGCUUAAGAAGAUCUCACAAUAUUUUUAUCGUUGGACUGGCUUUGGGGGACGUUUGCAUGUGCCUAUCAAGCACUUGGAUGGUAAUAGUGUCCUCCGCACAUCACCGAUGGAUUUUUGGAUACUCUGGAUGUGUGUACUACGGGUUUACAACAACCUUACUAGGCAUUACACAGAUAUCCUUAUUGGCAACAAUAGCGCUCGACAGAUACCUUGUCAUUGUACGCCCUUCACAUUUUACUAUUGGCAUGAGUAAAGCUGUCACUAUGGUCAUAUGUUGCUACGGUUACGGAUUUCUUUGGGCACUAUUUCCAGCUGUUGGGUGGAGCUCGUAUCAAUUGGAGGGAAUUCGAUUGAGGUGUGCCAUAAACUGGAGAAGCAAGCGUCCUCUAGACCUGUCAUACUCAUUAUCAAUAUUAGUGUUGGCAUGGGUUGUGCCCCUUGGAAUAAUCCUCUUUUGCUAUGGAGCAAUAUGUACUUUGAUAUACCGGGAGAGAGAAAAACCGCUAAGGGCAUCUAUGAGAAAAGGAAAGACUGGGAAACACAGACGUCGAGAGCAACGUGUUGCCAUAACAGUUCUUCUCAUGAUUGGUGCGUUCUUUUUAAGUUGGACACCAUAUUCUAUUGUAACAAUCAUUGUGAUAUUUGGAAAGCUAGAAGACGUUCCUGUGUCUGUUAUAAUGAUACCAACUUUGAUGGCAAAAUCGUCAAUUAUUUGGAAUCCGUUAAUUUACGUGGUUCGACACAAUGACUUUCGGAAAGCGUGUUUACGUCAUGUGCCUUGUAUUACAUGGAUUAAAAACGCAUUUGUUGCCACAUCGAUGUCAUCUAAUUCAUCCUCGUAUACUGUUUAAUAACAUAUUGAGUUUUUCCAAAGCUUUUAAUGUGUUUAUCUUUCAUAUAACGUGAUAAUGAAUGGUUUUGUAUGUGGUAAAAAUAAUUAUAAAAUUUUGU